AUGGCUGAUGCUAAUCUACAUAGGGAGGUGCAGACGACCUCCUUCACAUUGACUGCCACCCCUUCGUCUGAAUGGCGACACCCGAUUGGUCCCUUCGACGGGAGAUGUGCAGCGGAUGCUGACGACCAUUGCAAUAUCAUCACGACGCCAUUCCUUCAUUGGGUGCCGGAAUUCCCGAGGAUCGCAGGCCGCGAAGUCGUCACCUAUGAAGACGGCUUGUGGGGUCCUCAGGAAUACACGCGUUGGCCCCAGCUCUUCAACGAGAAGGCCUUUCAUCACGCGUGCAUCCCCAAGGCCGGUUCUCGGUACGCGCCCAGUGCCCAGGUCUACGAGGGCUUUGGGUACCGCCCUUGGCUAGAAUCAAAGUCGUGUGGGGUCCCCGGGUUUGGAUUUCUAAAGCCCGAGCUUCUAGAUGAGCUUUUCAGGAUCGCCUGCGACGUACUACGACGUUACGAUGUCGCCGCCGGAUCUGCCAGUACGAACGUCGCCAGCGUCGAGCACACUGCUCCCGAUCUCACCCUCGGACGCAUGCUGGGGUUGCUGCUGCGAAAUGCAGUUGACCGACUGCGUCAGGUGCCCACUACGGAGCGACACGCUCUCGUGACCGGCCGCUUGGCCCAUCGCAUCAUUCUCGAACUCUCCGGACUUACAGUGUACUACAUUGUCGUCGUCGGGCGCAUGCACGACCUGCGGUGCUGGUCGCGUGAGCCCCUCGGCGUGCUCGGGGCCUUCUUACGCAACAGCGCGACGGCUCAGCUCUUUUUUCGUCUCGGCAUCCCCUUCUGGUUCAUUCAGCCCUGGAGAGAGGGUCUCUCAAUCCGAGAGGUCGUGUCAUUUCGCUCCUGGGCCCGUGAGCUGAACGACCAGCCCGCUUCUCCGCGCAUCCCGAAGAGCUGGUACGAUCCGGACGGUACACAUCAAGAUCCCGCUCGGUGGACUCACGCAUCCCUCGUCUAUGUUUGCAACACUCUGUGCUCGUCGUCGUUGCCCCAACUGCAGAUGAUUGUUCGACCAGAGGCGGCCGAGCGAGAAGCGAAACGCGCCAAACGUGACGAUGACACUCCGCUCUUCCCACCAGCCCAAUCCUGCCUGCCAUCUGCUCCCAUCCCGAAGCACAACCCGAAGAAGCGCGGGAAACGCUCUCGCGGAACGCUACUACUUCCCCCUCCCUACCUCAUCCUCGAAGCCGACCAGCACAAGCCACGUUACAUUCACAACUUCGUGCGGAUUCGUGACUUUCUAAGUCACCGGUUGGUCGACGCGCACGUUUCGGGUGCGCCCUUGCGGAUCUCAGAGUGGCGACAUGUCCUCUACGGCGAUUAUCCUGUGGUAGAGCCGCGAGCGACGCCGCCCGCCCGUGCCCCUGAAGGCUCCAAGGAGAGCACCACUGACUCUGCGCCACGUAAUGGCCUUCAGAUCCUGCGUGCAGAGAGACGGGCAGCUGUCGGUGCCCUGUGUGGCAAAAUCGGUGGCUUGUUGCCAUAUGAUGAGGCCGCCGUCGUCCAGUAUCGUGGCAUGGCAGUCGACAUGGUAGCGGCAAGUCUGAAGCGGGAUGUCUUGCGGUGGAUCACCUGGGAGUUGUACGAGGUCAAUUGGCGCUGCGAAUUGCGCGCACUCGACCGAUGUCUCGUUGACCAUAGCCAGGACGCGUUCUUGAAGUGGGAGCGCGAGCAACUCAUCGCGGACGUGUGGCGUGGCCCGACGAUACAAUCCGGCUUCUCAGCAGUCGUAGUUGCCGAUUCAUUCCCCUGCUGGACACCCGCCGGCGAAGCUCACUGGCGAGAGCGGCGCACCAACCUGCGCGCGUUCGUGUCCCUCAUGAGUGUGUGGCCCGACUUCCUCUUUCGCUCCGAGGAACCAUGA